AUGCCGGCUCCGUCAUUACUCGCCAUGUGCACUCGCAUGGCCAUACAGAAUGCGAAGAAUCUGAUGGACAUCGGGGAUAUCCCGUAUUCUCUUGCCCGGCCCUUUCUUAUGAAGAUCGAGAGCCCGGCGCAGCUGCGCGCCAUUGAACUACAGUCGCCGCACAUCAUGCAGGACGACCGCGAACUCUGGAUCGAGUUUAUCAAGCGGGACGUCCCCCAAUGGGACCGCUUCAAACUGCCCGAAACAUGCGACUGCUGGUACGACGUCUAUCGCGACCUGGUCGAACAGGUCCAGCGCGAGGUCGACGAGGACGCCGCGCGGCUGAAGCUGGCUGUCGACCAGAUCAACUCCAAGCGGGCCAGCAGCGGCUCCAAGUUCCUCGUCGACCGACAGGUCGCGCGCCUGCCCAAGCCCCGCCCGACCCGGAUCCAGCGGUAUGCCGCCCACGACCGCAAGAUGGGCGGCAUCGCGCCGACGUUCUCGGUGUCGUACAACGCCGAUGGCGAGAAGGUCUGGUCGCUGGAGGCGCCGAGGCUGCGGCCGGAGCGUAGUCGCUCCGAGCCCAAGAAGAGCAGCAUCUUCACGGCCAAGCGGAACAAGGCGCUGGCCGUGCCGACGCACUGUCUGAAGAGCGAGGUUUCGCAGAUCAAGCAGGUUCCGCGGUGGCUGGUCGACGAGCACAAGCAGUCACCCCCGGCGCAGACUCCCAGACGGCCGGUCGCUGCAUCUUCGAAAUCGCUCUCCGCAGUUCCGUUCGCCAGUUCCUCCAGUUCCGCCAAGUCGGUCAAGGUUUCUCCCGUUUCUGCUCCUGCGAGCUCUUCCUUGCAAGCUCGGGAGGACAGGUUGCGGGCUCUGACUUCCAAGCACACAACCACGUCUGCCCCGUCUGCUUCAUCGUCCUUUGCGCCAUUUUCUACUGGACCAUCUUCUACUACUCGAUCAUCUUCCGCACAAUCUACGGCGUCACCACGCGCAAAACCAGCUGAGAAUCGCCCCGAACAGACACCGAAGUGUCCAGCAGGACCUCUUCCUUCCGAAACUAGGAACACGCAGCCAUCACCCGACACAAAGUCCGAGUCAACAAAACCAUCUGCUCCAACCCAAAGCAUCGACAGCACAGCCAAAUCUUCUUCGCCUGCGGCGGCGCCCACGUCCCGUCCUCCUGCUGCACCAGCUCUCAUCCGGAAACGCCCGGCGCCCAGCGUGUUUAUCCAGCCGAAGAGGAAGAAAGUCUAG